AUGAGCGUGCCGAAAGGGCAUUGGUUUCAUUACGUGUCGGUGGCGGGCAACUUGCAUCCCUUGGAGAGCUUGGUGGUGUAUGCUCUUGGCCUCGGCAUUUGGAUGGCACCACCCGAGUUGAAGACGCUCUUCUACACGAAUUGCUGGGUGCAGGCGGCCUUGUUUCUGCCAUUUGUUCAGUUGCCGGUGGCCCUGACCGGUCACAUGGCCUAUGUUGACAUUGCCUGGCCCAGUGGACUGGUGGCCAUUGCACUGGUGGCAUUUCUCAAUGGGUCUGGCUUCUGGCCACGGCGCUGGUUGAUGUCUGCUUGCUACCUCUUGCAUGGUGGCCGCAUGGCCCUGGGCGCCCUGGUGAUGUUUGGCCAGUCGACCAACUUCACCUACCGCUUCGCCGAAGACUUGCCUCGCUAUCGCUAUGCGAAGCACAAGUGGUCCCAGAUCGACGGCAUGCCGGAAAGCCAUUGGUGGCUAAAGAUGCAGCAAGAAACCUUGGGCCAGGGCUUCUCCAAUUCCGUGUUGCUGUGCGUGCCCGCCUUCCUGACCGUCAGCAACCCGGCGGAAGGUCUACAUCUCUUGGAGUGGAUGGGACUGGGCAUCUGGCUGGGUGGAUGGAUGUUCGAAAGUGCUGCAGACCUCCAGAAGAUCUCCUUCAUGGAGGAGCAACAACGCCUUCGCCGUGAAGGUCUGAAUCCGGGAUCCCCGGCCACCUUGGGCCUGGCACCCUGUGACAGGUACUUCUUGUGGACGCUUUGUCGUCAUCCGAACUAUUUUGGUGAAUGGACGGCGUGGCUGGGCCUGGCCAUCGCGGCGUUGCCCUCUUUGACUUCGGAGCCUUUGCAGGGUCAUGUGCUGGCGAGGCGGCGCCUCAACUUCAGGUCGGCGAAGUCCUUGUCGCUUCCGCUGCUCCCGCUCAGUGCCGAUGAAGCGAAGCCCGAAAGAACAUCCCAAGUGCGAGCUUUGCAUGCAGACACCCUCGUGGUAGAAGCAUGCCAAGCCCCUGCGGCGCCCGAAGCGCUGCUGGGCCGCGCGCGCCUCGUGCGGAACGUGUUCGCUGCGCUCGUGGCGUGCUUCAUGGGUGCCACCGACGGCUUGUCCCUAGGUGGCUUGCUCUUUCCUUCCUCUCCCACCUAUCCGAAUCACGACUAUCAAGCUUUGGGCAUGUCGAUCGGUCUCCUGACCACGCUGGUGGCGAAUGCUGGAAGCUUAAUGGGCUCCGAAAUCAAGUUCGGCGUGGCUGGUGCCAGCAUUCCCACGGUGAUCAUCCUGGCGGAGUAUUUCAAGACGUUGGGCCCAGCCAAAUGCGCCACGAUCUAUACCAUGGCAGCCAUUUGCACCGUGCUGAUCGGCGGCUGCGUUUGGCUGGUAGGACAUUUGAGAUUGGCUCGCCUCGUGAAGGCCUGUCCCUUCGUGAUCUACGGAGGCUUCAUGGCCGGCACCGGCGCCGUGCUGUUGCAGUAUGCCCUGAACCUGAUGACUCCAGGCUUUGCAAGCUUGGUGGAGCUUGGGAGCUACACGUGCUUGUUCGAGCUCAAGUGCUUGCACGAAUGGCUUCCGGGCUGCCUGGCAGGCAUCGGCAUGUUUACGCUCCGAGCGCGCAAUGUGAAGCUGCCCUACAUCUCCCAGGACCUUUUGAUUCCGAGCAUUCUCUUGGCAGAGGCUGGUGUGUUCUUUCUCUGGAUGCUGGUGUCGGGCACCGGCCUGGAAGCCGCCCGCGGCCAGGGGCUCCUCUUCCCGGUGCAGAUGCCCCAACAUCCCGUGUUUUACCGCAUUUGGACACAACACUGGCAGUCGGAGCCGGUGGAUUGGCAAGAGUUUCUCUCUCCGACCUUCUGGCUGACGGUGGUGAAUGCAGCCUGCAUCUCAGCCCUGACGGCCGUCAUGAACAUAUUCGGCACGGCGUCCUCCACGCAGAUUCGUGUGGAUAUUGACCAAGAAAUGAUGCUUCAUGGCAUCUACAACAUGGGCAGUGGCCUGCUCUCUGGACUGAGCGCCAACAUGGUGAUGUCUUUCAGCAUUACCUGCCGAACACUGGGGGCCGACGGCCAACAGUUCCAGAUUCUGCUCUUCAUUUUUUCGUGUCUGGUCUUCGUGAGUGGCGACUACGUGGUGGCAGUGCUUCCCAAGCUCCUUCCUGGCUCGGUUUUGGUUUGGCUCAGCUUGGAGCUGAUGGCGUUCUGGGUGUGGGACUCUCUUCGCUUCCUGCGAGCCUAUGAGUAUUGCUUGGUCUGGGUGAUGAUUCUGAUGUACGUGAUUCUGGGCACCGCUCCCAUGAUGCUCUUCGGCUUCAUCUCGGUGGCGGGCAUCGUCCAGGCGCAGCUGGCCACCAUCCCGGUGCUCGGCUCGCGGCAGACGCUCGGCAAGCUCCGCAGCCCCAGGCUUCACACCACGUGCGACCGGGAGUACCUCAACCGGGUGGGUUCGCAGGCGGAGGUUUGGAGGUUGCGCACGGCCUAUCUCUACUUCGCCUCGAUGCGACAGAUCGUCCAAGCGCUGGAGCACUUCAGCCAGCAGCGCCACGUUUCUUAUCGACGACAUCCGAGCGCCGGCGCGGACGAUUUUCCGUUGGAUUUGCCGGAGUUCUCCUUCAGCCACGUGGUGAGCUGUGAAGCGAGAGCACAUCCCGAGUACAUCAUCUUGGACCUGGAGCUGGUGAGUCAAAUGGAAUCCACCGCCAUCAGUGCCUUUCAGGAGGUCUUGAGCGUGGCCAAUGAGCUGGGAUGUUCGUUGAUCUUGGCGAAUGUGGAUGAAAGCGUCUAUCUGCAGAUGCGAAGCUUCGGUCUGCCCAUCUUGGACCUCCAGGAUCAGAUUCCAACAGAUGCUUCUGCCCUCCUGAUGGCCAACACCGUGGAAGAUGCCCUGGAGAUGGUGGAGGACGCCUUCCUGCGGAAGUACCAACCGGCGCCGGGCCACUGCCGAGGCCACACGCACUUCGGCAUCCGGUCGAAGUUGGCCAGCAGUGUGAAUCCGUGCUCGCCGCUCUUCGGUGUUUGGCUGGACUUCCAUGUUUGGUUGGAGUCAUCUUACGAAAGCUACAAGCCUGAGCUGCUAGCACAGUUGGAACCCUUUCUGGAAAUUCGCCACCUAAAGCAGAACGACCUCUUGUACGAAGCACCCCAUUUCCGCCACUCGCAUGGUGCGCAAGGUGCCUGGAUGACGGAGGCUGCUGAGUGCCGGGUGCCAUUAGUCUGGCUGCUCCAGGGUGGAGUGGACCAUCUCUGGAAUCCGCACAGCGAGACCGAACAGUCCGUGAGGGCGUUUCAAGACAUGCACCGCCUGACACCGAAAAGGCCCUUCGAGAAGGCACGCAUCACCGAAACCACCGGCUCCUGGUGUGCCGGACCCUUCAGCACCAUGAGGGCCUUCUUGGCGCAAACGGCGCACCCUGGCACACUUAUCGCCACCGAUGCCAGCACAGUAGCCAUUUUGCGGCAAGAGAAGUACGAUGAACUCUCCACAGACCUUCGGAAAAUGCUGAACGCUUAUCUUCUUCGGCAGUGGCCCAUCUACGUGAGAACGUGA